UGAAGUGGGGCCUAGGUGUCCUUGUCAGCGCCCAUGUCACUGGCCUCUCCCUCACCCCCCACCCCCCACAAGCCUCCCUGCAGCUCCGUGGCCCAGCAGCUCUGCAGCAUUCCACUGAGCUCCGCUCCAGGAAGGCCACCUCCUCCCUGUCCUCCUCCUCCCGCUCCUCCUGCUGUCACUACUCACCGUUCAAAGCCUCAAGGGGGUGGGGACCCCAGGGCUGGACACACCCCACGGUGGCUCCAGAGCCCAGUCGGACGGACAGACACACGGUCGGACACAGGACCCCGGAGUCCCGAGGUGGGCAGUGUGCCAAGACCCCUGUCUCCUCAAGACCCAUCCAGGCCAUGGGAAUCAAGACGCCCCUGCCAGCAGCCGAGCUGGGCCUGUACUCCCUAGUUCUGAGUGGGGCUCUGGCCUACUCUGGCCAGGGUCUGCUGGAGGCUUCACAAGAUGGAGCACACAGGAAGAGCUUCCGGGAGUUGGUGCAGCCUGGCUGGGAGUACAUCGGCCGGAAGAUGGACGUGGCCGACUUCGAGUGGGUAAUGUGGUUCACCUCCUUCCGUAACAUCAUCAUCUUCAUCCUCUCAGGACACGUGCUGUUUGCUAAGCUCUGCACAAUGGCUGCCCCCCAGCUCCGCUCCUGGAUGUACGCCGUGUACGGGGCACUGGCCGUGGUGGGUACCAUGGGCCCUUGGUACCUGCUGCUGCUACUUGGCCAUUGUGUGAGCCUCUACGUGGCCUCACUCCUGGGCCAGCCCUGGCUCUGUGCUAGUCUCGGUCUGGCUGGCCUGGCCUCCUUCAAGCUGGACCCCUUAAUCUCCUGGCAGAGCGGGUUUGUAACAGGCGCUUUUGAUCUCCGAGAGGUGCUGUUCCAUGGGGGCAGUGGCUUCACGGUGCUGCGCUGCACCAGCUUCGCCCUGGAGCGCUGCGCCCACCCUGACCGCCGCUACUCCCUCACCGACCUGCUGAAGUACAACUUCUACCUGCCCUUCUUCUUCUUCGGGCCCAUCAUGACGUUCGAUCGCUUUCACGCCCAGGUGAGCCAGGUGGAGCCGGUGAGGCCCCAGGGCGAGCUGUGGCGUAUCCGGGUCCAGGCGGGCCUCAGCGUGGUGUCCGUCGUGGCCGUGGAUAUCUUCUUCCACUUCUUCUACAUCCUCACCAUCCCCAGUGACCUCAAGUUCGCCAACCGCCUCCCAGACAGCGCCCUUGCCGGCCUAGCCUACUCCAACCUGGUGUACGACUGGGUGAAGGCGGCGGUCCUCUUUGGCGUGGUCAACACGGUGGCACGCCUGGACCACCUGGACCCACCGCGGGCACCCAAGUGCAUCACAGCGCUCUACGUCUUCUCAGAAACGCACUUUGACCGGGGCAUAAAUGACUGGCUUUGCAAGUACGUGUAUGACUACAUUGGUGGAGAGCACUCCGCAGUGAUCCCAGAGCUGGUGGCCUCCAUGGCCACAUUUGCAGUCACCACACUGUGGCUUGGGCCUUGUGACAUUGUCUACCUGUGGUCAUUCCUGAACUGCUUUGGCCUCAAUUUUGAGCUGUGGGUGCAGAAGCUGGCAGAGUGGGGGCCCUUGGCACAGAUUGAGGCCGCACUGUCAGAGCAGAUGUCCCGCAGGAUCCGGGGCCUCUUUGGAGCCAUGAACUUCUGGGCCAUCAUCACGUACAACCUCGUUAGCCUGAACAGCCUCGAGUUCACAGAGCUGGUCACCCGGCGCCUACUGCUCACAGGCUUCCCCAAAACCACGCUGGCCGUGCUGUUUGUCACCUACUGUGGCGUCCAGCUGGUGAAGGAGUGGGAGCGAACCCUGGCACUGGAGAAGGAGAAGCAGGAUAAAGAGAAAUCGGAGUAGAGAUGGGACGGGGAGGAGGGAUGGGCUAGGCUCAGCCUUCCUGGCACCCCACCAGGCCAGGUCUGACCUAGAGAAUAAAAGACUUUUCUACCA